AUGGCCUCUCACCCUGCACAGGGUGCCUGCCUGCCACCGUGUAUCCCGUUGGAUGACCUCACCCAGCCCAGGUCACCCCUGCCCAGCUCAAUUGUGCCUUUCGAUGUGUUCAUGCCUAAUUCAUCCACCCCGGAGACCGCAUUUAGUUCACUUCUUGAGGAGGUCGAAGAAGCAUCUGGUGAUUUCUCAUCGGUGGAUCUUAGCUUCCUAUCGGAUGAACUUACCCAAGAAAAUAAAGACCCAGCUGUCGCUAGAAGCAAGCGUGAAAUUGAAGAAAGUUGUAAAACUCCAAGUCAGCCAUUACCCAGCGAACAGGAUGCUGGCCCAGACCUAAACAGCAGGUUGUCAAAUUCCCAUUCUCAUCUGCACCCUGGUGAUGCUGACUCGGUCCAGCCCUCUCUUGAGAAAUCAACCUUCUUGCCUCUGGCAUCCAUAACUCCCAUGACACCAAUGACCUCUGUUUCAGAAUGUUCUGGAACUGUGCCUCAACUACAGAAUGUAGUUUCCACUGCAAACCUGGCCUGUAAACUGGAUCUGAAGAAAAUAGCUUUGCAAGCAAGAAAUGCAGAAUAUAACCCAAAGAGAUUUGCUGCUGUCAUAAUGAGGAUCCGCGAGCCCAGGACAACAGCCCUCAUAUUUAGCUCCGGGAAAAUAGUCUGCACAGGAGCCAGAAGUGAAGAGCAGUCUCGACUUGCAGCGAGAAAGUUUGCUCGUGUGAUACAGAAGCUUGGGUUCCCUGCCAGAUUCCUCGAUUUUAAAAUUCAGAACCUGGUUGGAAGCUGUGACGUGAGAUUUCCCAUCAGGCUGGAAGGUUUGGUGCUAACCCAUCAGCAGUUCUGUAGUUAUGAACCUGAACUGUUUCCUGGCCUUAUUUAUAGAAUGGUAAACCCACGAGUUGUGUUGCUUAUCUUUGUGUCUGGAAAAGUUGUGUUGACAGGUGCCAAAGAACGUUCUGAGAUCUAUGAAGCAUUUAAAAACAUCUAUCCUAUUCUAAAGAAUUUUGAAAAAGCCUGA